AUGUCGCUGCAGUUCUUAAGAGAAUUCAACAAAAAUGUGAAAGAAUCCCUAUCGAUACUUAACGAAGGGAUUGAAAUCACCAAUGGAGUUACGGAUAUCGGUAAUAUACAUCUACCGUAUAUACAACAACUUGUAAAGCUACCACAAGAUAUUCAGCGACCAUCAAGCUGUUGUCUAUUCCUGAGAACAAACUUCACAGAUCGAGAUGAUACAAAGGAAGGCACAGACGCUUCCAGGAGUGCAUGCUCAGCGCAAUCACUAGGGACAACGGCCUCUAGACAUAGCACUACUGAAGAGACAGUAGAAACGCUAUCCGAUGGCAUAGAGAAUGGGAACGCUGGAGCGGAUACACCCAGGAGCGCAAUUGAUUCUUUACCGUGUCCACUAGGUGAAGCUUGUAUAAUUAAUCGCAUCGAUAAACGAAGAUACGAGGCUUCAUUAGAAGAGAUUACUAACUUUCUGAACAAUGUCGAAAAUGCAUUGGAAACAAGGUCAGCAGCAACACGAAGCCUCCUGGAGACACAGGUACUACCUGUACUAUGCCUACUAGUCGACUUGUCGGAGCUUGCAUGUUUAUUCCAAAACCCUCCGAAACAGCUUAGUAACAAAUUCGGUGAUGUCAAAACGGUAAAUAUUCAGGUGUUAGGGAUAAUAGCUUCGUCAAUAAAACUCAUAGACGACGUACUAACAUAUCCUAAAUUCAUUACUGCAAAAACUAAUCGCAAAGUCGUGGAAUACACGUUCAAGCCGAAUAUACAACAUGGAAGGGAUAUCUUGGAAGCAAACAAUGUGGCCGGGAUAAUACCCGAUGCUUUCACCUCUACGCAAUUGACGGAUGCUCUGAAUCGGACAAACAACCUACAUAUAACUACACAGUCUAAUCCAGACAAUACCUUGCCAAGCGGAUAUGCAUAUAUAGGAAAGCUGGCUCUUGUCACAUUAACAGAAGAGGAACGCGAUCGACUCAAACACACAUUAGGCUUGGUACAUUCAGUGGCUAUAGCCACGGAGUUCGGACGCACAUUACUGAACGCAGCAGCAAUCUCUCUCGGAGGAAGCGCUAUAGAACAACGUGAUAUCGUUUUGUUUGCCGUCAAAGUUAUAGAAAAGCUAUACACUCAUAACGAUGUUGGAUACCACCUACACCAUAGUGAUGAUCAACUGUUAUGUACUGUAGACAACCUAGACGACUUUUACCGAAAAUGGAUUAUAGCAUGUAACGGCAUAUGCUUCCAAUGCGAUCGUAACUUAGGGAUCGAUGCCAUCGCGGAUGAACCGUUGUGUGAUUGCCUAUAUCAUCAAAGUGAUACCGUAGCACCCAACCGACAUCUCAUUGAGGAUGAACUACUCUCCUCAGAGCUAAACGCACACAAACUUAUGCGAUUGGUAAUGGAUUCUGGAGACAUGGUAUUGAAAACAUGUAUCACAAGACUCAUCUUGCAAAUGGUUAUAUCUUCCGCGGCAUUCAGACGACGGUUCGUUUUAGACGGGUGCAUAGAAAUACUUAUUCAUGUACUUGAUGGUUGUUAUACGGAUCAAUUUGCUGUUAUCGUGGAAUCACUAGCACAAAUACAAGAAAACAUAACAAAAAAACAAACAGCAACACUCGAUCGUGAAUUGACUAUAGCAAUGGAGUUCUUGCCAUACAACAUGGACGCCCUAUUAAUACUUCGUCAGUGCAUCCGGUACGGUGAUUGGGGAAGAACAGAUGUUUCCAGAAUCCUGGGAUUUGUUACGCAACUAACAUACGCAAUCCUUAACACAUGGAUAUACUAUUAUAUUUAUGCUACAGGGACACCGAGUGACAAGGAAAACAGUACAUUCACUCGUUCAUUGUCUAUUGUCAUAGAUAUGUGCUCUGAUUUGGCUAACCAAAGCAAUGCAAACCUCCAUUGCGAUACCCAUGCCGCACUCGUUGUCGUAGCAAAGUUGAGAAAUUCCAGUAUAUCCAACGAACUUGGAUUCUUACGCGAAAUAAUUGAUAGCGGGAUCAUGGAACACGUUAUGUUUGCAGCACAUAUUCUGUAUAAUCGGACUCGAUUUGGUUUUCAACUGCCACAGAGAGUGGUUGACGCAUUGAUGCGGUUCGUAUCCACAGUUGCAAUAGCGUCACAAGGGAGCGCAGAAGCAACCAAUAUGCUACUUCAAAGGAUGAAAACGCCUAGCGGGAAACAAAUACCGCCAUUGUACACUCAUAUAUACCAAGAUUUGUUAUCUCGCGAAUUAGAUGCACUCAAAACGUCGAUCACGUCACAGUUCACUGCGAGGAUACAGCAGUUCCGCGUAGAGAUGUUUGGUGAUUUUGCGAAUAUACCUGUGCUCAUGCACUGGUUACUUUGCCUAAAUGACAACCACGUUGUGGAUUCCAUGAACGACGCAUAUCGGUGGCAUUUGUCGAAACUAAUUGCAUCAACAGGGUUGUACAAACUAAACGAGAUGGCCUCUGGUAUAUUCGAAUACUCGCGGGACCUAUACCACCAUAACCUCUCGAUGAUUGAGGGGUACUCCAACAAAGGAACUUCGGAAUUAGACUGGCGACCAAUACGCAAUUACCUGGAACUCUCCAUAUGUAUGAUGGCUUAUGCAGUAGAUCACACAAAGGAUAAUGGCGAGGAUACUUUGACCCAGUGCAUCAAUGUACUCAAUAAAGUGCUCAGUGAAUAUAAGGUAUGUCGCACAAAAAAAUGGAUCAAAUCAUUUGCAGACGGAUACUGA